GGCGCAUGCGCAUCGUCUUUUAGGAGUUUUGAGUUUUGGAAGCUAACGCUAGCUUUCACUGCUGUUCUCCUGGUUUCCACGGCUGGAUAAAUCGUCGCUUUCCAGCUUUUGUUCUCCCUCUGGGAUCAGCGUUACUUCCAGUAAGAUCAUGGCAGAUUUCUCUCUAUCAGAUGCUUUAGGGGAGGACACGCCGAGCCAGGCUAAGAAAAUUGGCAAUACCAACCCUUCUGCUCCAACUGGAAAUCCUCCUUCAAAUCCAGGGUGGCCUUCUUCCGCCCCCGGCGCCCCCACCCAGCCCUCAGCCCCACUCGACUACAACAGUGGACCCUCUGGACCGGGGGCCCCGGGACCUUUCUCGUUCCCUUCAGGUCCCGGAGCUCCAGGCCAAUAUCCAGGACCGCUUUCAGCUCCGGGUGGCUUUCCCGCUGGUCCUGGAAUACCUGGACAGUUUCCACCUGCACCAGGAGCUCCAGGCCAGUACCCCUCCGGUCCGGGAGCGCCAGGGCAGUUCCACGGGCAGUACCCCCCUGAAGCAGCCCCAGGACAGUUUCCUGGAGGUCCUGGUCCCUAUCCAGCAGGGCCAUAUCCGUCUGGCCCCGGAGCUCCUCCUGGGCCUUACCCAAACGUGCCUUAUCCCGGCGGCCAACCAGGAGGCAACGGGAUGUACGGACCCGGAGGACCCGGUGCCUUCCCCCCUGCCACCAGCCCCGGAUUCCCUGCAUUUCCCUCAGGAGGAUUUCCUCAAAUGCCGCCUGGCUCCUGGGGUCCACCUGGAGGCGGCGGUUUUGGUCCCAACCCUGGUUCUUUUGGUCCCGGUCCUGCGCCCAUGGGUCCGUACGGUGGGCCCCCUGCUGCUGGGGGCACGCUGAUGUUGCCGUACGAUCUCCCCCUUCACGCUGGAAUCAUGCCACGACUUCUAAUCACCAUCAUCGGGGAGCCGGUCCCCGGGGCCAACAGGUUCCAGGUUGACUUCAUCAAAGGUUCGGACGUCGUGUUCCACUUCAAUCCUCGCUUCAACGAGCAAACGAUUGUCAGGAACUCCAACCUGGGACACUGCUGGGGGCCAGAGGAGCGGGACGGGGGCUUUCCAUUUGUGCAGGGACGCACCUUUGAGCUGAAGAUCCUGGUGGAGGAGGACUCCUUCAAAGUGGCCGUGGACGGCACCCACCUGCUGGAGUACGAGCACAGAGCGGGCGGGCUGGAGGACGUGACGCUUCUGCGAGUCACGGGAGACCUGAUCCUCUACAGCGCCGCGCCCAGCAUGAUCUGAACCGGCCGCCGGGGAGACCGGCGCGUUUGAGCCCCGUGAGCGAUCGGUGCUGGCGGGCGGCGUUCACCCCACAGCAGACGGCAACCUUUUCUCAACCCAUCGAAUGACUCUAAAUGCACCCAAAUGAGGAUUUAGGUAAAUUACGUCUAAAUAGAAACUUUAAGGAAAAGCUAAUAUAUAUAGAAUGAAAUGACUGUAGUGGAAAAGCCUCCCAAACAGUGUUUUGUUUACAUGUGUGAUUCUUCUUCUGUUCUUUCUAUGAAUUUCACUUCAAGCCUUUGCUGUGCAUGAACGUUUGAUGCUAAAAUCAAUCCUGAACCCGUUUCUGCGCGAUGACCAUCCUCCUGAGAAAAUUGGAAAACACAGAGAUGGGUUCCUAAAUGUGUUGCCAAAGAGGAAUCGUGGACUAUUUAGAUUUUAUAAAUAAAGGAAACGACUAACAGAAA